AGCUGCUCGUUACCGUUUCCCUCCUUUCAAAUUUCUUCUCUCUCUCUCUCUCUCUCUCUAACUCUCUUCGCUCAGAGUCUCACUCGACGAUGCUCUUCACCCAACCCUAAACUUCAGUGAACUUUCAGCACCAGAGAUCGUCCAAAACCUAGCACUCGGAAUCUCCCAGUUCGAGCUGAUGCAGGAGUUCCUCGGAUCGGUUCGCCAGUCCCUGGAAUUCCGGAAUUUGGGCGCCGGUGGUGAAAAUGGGAGAUUCGGAGGUUUGGUAGAGAAAAUUGGCACCAGCAUACGAAAAUCGCGAAUCGGACUCUUGUCUAAACCGCCGGUCACGGCUCUGCCUCCAGCUGAAGAUGCGCCUCCGAUCCGGUGGAGAAAGGGUGAGCUGAUUGGGUCCGGUGCGUUUGGGCGGGUCUAUAUGGGCAUGAACCUCGAUUCAGGGGAACUGCUAGCCGUUAAGCAGGUUCUCAUAGCAGCAAAUAGUGCUUCCAAGGAGAAGACACAGACUCAAAUUAGGGAGCUCGAAGAGGAAGUGAAACUUCUUAAAAAUCUCUCCCAUCCAAAUAUUGUUAGAUAUCUGGGAACUGCAAGAGAGGAAGACUCUCUGAAUAUACUUUUGGAAUUUGUCCCCGGUGGAUCCAUAUCAUCCCUUCUGGGGAAAUUUGGAUCAUUUCCGGAAUCUGUUAUAAGAAUGUAUACCAAACAGCUUUUAUUGGGUCUUGAUUACCUUCACAAGAAUGGAAUUAUGCACAGGGACAUCAAGGGAGCAAAUAUACUUGUCGACAACAAGGGAUGCAUUAAACUUGCAGACUUUGGGGCAUCAAAGAAAGUUGUUGAGCUGGCUACAAUAAAUUGUGCAAAGUCAAUGAAGGGAACACCUUACUGGAUGGCUCCUGAAGUUAUACUCCAGACGGGACAUAGUUUUUCUGCUGAUAUAUGGAGCGUUGGAUGCACGGUGAUUGAAAUGGCUACAGGAAAGCCUCCAUGGAGCCAACAGUAUCAGGAGGUUGCUGCUCUCUUCCAUAUUGGGACAACUAAAUCUCAUCCACCAAUUCCAGAGCACCUCUCUGCCGAGGCAAAGGAUUUUUUGUUGAAGUGUUUACAUAAGGAACCACACCUACGGCCCACUGCGGCUGAGAUGCUUCAGCAUCUGUUUGUCACUGCAGAGUUAUUGGAAGCUCAAACGGUACUUCGAACCUCAGAACCUGGAAAUCCAGCAGCAGCAUCUGGGGUUGGUCUUAAGAGCUUUAGGAAUUCGUUGAUUGGAAGGUCAUCCUCUGGUGGUUUGAAGGAUGUUUGUGAAAUAGGAAGCACUAGGUGCUCAACUAUAUACCCUGAGAGUCACUUGGGAGUGAAAUCGCCCUGGGGAGCAGGCGAGGAUGAUGAUAUGUGUCAGAUAGAUGAUAAAGAUGAUUUUGCAAUUAGUGCCUCAGACAAGUUUAAAUCUAUCUCUGAUCUAAAUAAGAGCUUCAAUCCUAUGAGUGAACCAACUGAUGGGUGGCAAUGCAAGUUUGAAGAAAGUUCAGAGAUGGAAAGAAACACAAUGAAAAUUACCACCGCAGACAAGGUCAUUGUUGAUGAUGGACCUGAUCUUUUGGAUAAGGGGGAGAGUGGGUUCUCCUUUCAAUGUGCACGAUCGACCACAGAGGAUGAUGAAGAAGUAACGGAGUCAAAGAUUAGAGCCUUCUUGGAUGAAAAGGCUUUAGAUUUGAAGAGGCUACAAACACCCCUGUACGAAUUCUACAACACAAUAAAUACAACAGCACCUGCUGCUGCUGUGGGAACAGAUUACGCAGAAAAUGGCACACAUUUUCCAAAUCUGCCCCCUAAGAGCAGGUCUCCAAAUCGCAUUCCUAGCAGAAGAUUCUCUGCCGUGAUUGGCAUCAAUAGCGGCAGCCCUGCAAGUCAAGAGAAGCGGUUAUCCACUGCCGGAGCUGCAGUAACUCAAGCUUCAGGGGAAGCUCAGGUUCUACGUGACUCUAAGCAGAAACCUCCAUCUCCUAGUUUCUCUGAGAGACAAAGGAAAUGGAAAGAAGAGCUUUAUCAAGAACUUGAAAUGCUGCGCCAGGUAGGGAUGGGAGGAAAGAUAUCGUCACCAAAAGAUCGGAUUUUGAAUAGGCAGAAGGACCGCCCUCGGUUCGCUUUACCAGGACACUGAAUCUCUUUUCCACCAAUAUUCAGGCGAUUGCCUUGCCAUGUACUAUAUAUGAGGGUCUAUAUUUGUCAGGGAAAGAGAAAGUCGAGUCGAAUAAUAGAUGGUGGCUUCAUUGCACUACUUGCAUGAAUCUGCAAUAGCAAAGCUAUGAAGUGUACAAUGUUUUACUCCUUUUAAAAUUUGUAUCUUCGCCUUUCCUUAAGGUGUUGCUUGUUUUCGGGGUCCUGGAGAAAGAACAGAUACAUAUAUAGCGCGAGAGCUCGUGCUCUGGAUUAUGUAAUCGGUGUCAUGAAGUGAAAAGAUUACUCUAUACAGCUUUCCCUUCAUUGGAUUCCAA